AUGGCCCCUUCUUACCAUACUCGCUCUAACAGUCUUCCUUCAAGACCACACCCAAUUCACUCAGAACUUGAUCAACAUGUGAGCAGAUUCCGGCCUUCUCAAGCUACUUCUACUUCAUCAUCAUCGAUAAGCCAUGAGAUAAAUGGUCUUCAAGAUUUGCAUGAUUGUGUCGACAAGUUGCUUCAGUCAGCAUCGCUUCAACAAACUUUAGCUCAACACGAGCAAAAGAAAUGGGUUGAUGAGUUGUUGAAUGGAUCUCUUAGACUCUUGGAUAUUUGUGGUAUUGCUAAGGAUUCGUUGGUACAAACCAAAGAAGCUGUACAAGGACUUCAAUCAAUUUUCCGCAGAAGAAGAUAUGAUGAUAUUGAGCUUACCAGUGAGGUUAAGAAAUACUUGACCUCCAGGAAGUUAGUAAAAAAAUCCAUCCAGAAGACCUUGAAGAAUUUGAACCAAAGAUCCUCUACAAUCGGUGUGGAAAAUGAGACAAGCGUCAUGUUAAGAAAGGUUGAAGCAGUCACUUUAAAUGUGAUCGAAUCGUUGUUGUCUCUUAUCUCAGGGCCAAGGGCUCCAUCAAAGCUAAGAGGUUGGUCAUUGGUUUCCAAGUUAAUGCAGCCAAAGGGGGUAGCAUGCAAAGAAACUGACAUAAAUGAGUUUGAAAAGGUAGAUGCUGAAUUGUCUAUUAUCAUUGCUUACAAGACAAGCAAAUCCGAUAGCAUUCAGAACCAACUUAAAGAAUUGGAGUCAAGUAUUCAAGAUCUUGAAGAAGGAGUUGAGUCCUUGAACAGGCGUAUGAUCAAAACCAGAGUCUCUCUUCUCAACAUCCUUAACAAUUAG